AUGCUACAGAAACAGUUACUGAAGCAAGAAAAUUCUGAUGGCGUGAAGGUCUCUGACUCAAUGAACAAUCAACCUCGAUUACCCAUUUUAGCUGAAAAGCCCGAGAAACAGGCAGGCAAUGAUUCUGGACAGGGCCUCGAGACUAGCGACAAAGUUGAAUCAGUGGAUUCACCAUCACCACUAGCAACAAUACCUCGUUCAGUCGCUGUUCAGAAACUGGAUAAUUCAACACCUUCUACUUCAGGUGCUAUUUGUGAGUCUGAAGAUCAUUCUGUUCACACCCAGGAAGCAACACCCCACAAACCCGAGAUUGAAAUUGAGCAUGAAGAAUUGACGUACUACUUGAAAUGCUCCCCUAAUCCAGCUGAAACCAAUCCGUGCAAAGUCAAAGCUCUGUCCACGGAUUCUGUUAGUGCUGUCACUUUAGAUAGUUCAAAACCUGAAAAUGCUUUGGUUCAUGUCGAGAUUGUUGAAGAUGCUGGCCUAACAAAAACCAAUGACGAAGGCAAUAAGGGCUCUGACUCAACUAACAAUCAACCUCGGUUGCCCAUUUCUUCUGGAAAGGCACAUGAACAGUCAAGCAGCUAUUGCGGGCUAUGCCUCGAGCCCAAGGCUAACAGUAAAGUCGAAACAUUAGAAUCUGAUUCUGCACCACCAACCAUAUCUUCAGUGACUACUCAUGAGGAAGAUAAAGCAGCACCUUCUGUUUUAGGUGCUAAUAGUGAACCUGAGAUUAUUCUCAAGACCCAAGAGGAAACCGAUGCCAAGCUAUAG